AUGCAACAGGGUAAGACAGUGGUGAUCAAGCUCGGCACAUCGUCGAUCCUAUCCGAUGUGUCGCUUGAGCCCAAAAUACGGAUUAUGGCAUCCAUCGUAGAGACAGUAUCGCAGCUCCGACUGCGCGGCCACCGUGUCGUGCUAGUGUGUUCGGGAGCUAUCGGUGUGGGGCGCGUACGCAUGGGCAUCAAAGAGCGGCCACAGGAGCUAAGUGUGCGCCAGGCCCUCGCCGCCCUCGGGCAACUUCGCCUCAUGACGCUCUGGGAAAAUCUGUUCGGGAUGCUCGGCAUCCACAUAGCGCAGGUACUCUUGACGCGUGCGGACCUCGCAGAUAGCCCACGCUAUGUGAAUGCUCGCGCGACACUCGAAACAUUACUGUCGGACAAGUUUAACGCAGUCCCCAUUGUAAAUGAGAAUGAUACCGUAUCCGUGUUUGAAAUGCGAUUCGGCGAUAAUGACUCACUUUCGGCUAUUACGGCCGGCAUCAUUGACGCUGACUACCUGUUCCUGUGCACGGACGUUGAUGGCCUGUAUACCGACAACCCACGAGUCAACCCGGACGCGUUCAAAUUGGAUGUAAUUCAGAAUAUGGAUGAGGCUCGGCGGCUGACUUGCGUCAAGACGAUGGGCUCAUCGUUUGGUACGGGCGGUAUGCAGACCAAGCUCGUGGCGGCAGAGCUCGCCACGGCCGCAGGCAUUGCCACCGUCAUUCUUAAUGGCGAGCACCCGGAAAACAUGGCACACAUUGUUGAGCAGGACAUCGCGACGCAGGCUUUCAGGACGCCCCACAUGCAGCUUCGCGACCCGCCAUGCACGCUAUUCCUGCCUCACCAGCAGCGAAUGCCUGCGCACAAAUGGCGUAUCCUCCAUGCUAUGCAUCCAUCCGGUGCGCUGAUCAUUGAUCAAGGUGCCUAUGAGCGCCUCUCCCGCAAAGAAUCGGGUGGGCGACUCCUGCCGGUGGGCGUCAUUGGCGUCGAAGGCAACUUUGACCGGUUGCAGGCUGUUCGUCUUAAAAUAUACAAGCCGUCCCUGCCGGGCGAGCCACCAGAGACAGUGGAAGUGGGACGCGCCCUCACUAACUACACGUCCAUCGAAUGCGAGCGCAUCAAGGGACUCCAAAGUGCACAAGCAGUGGAAGUCAUUGGUGCUGUGGAUACGAUGUACAUUACGGAUCAGGCUGUGUUGUCCUUGCGGGCAGCUGCACCGACAUGA